UUUUCUUAAGCUUUUUGAAAACAAAUAGUCAGAAAAUAUUUAGACUUUAAAGUUUUUGAGCAAUUUUUGUUAAAUGAUUUAAUAAUAUAUAAGCCAGAGCGUCCAAAUAUCAGAAACUUUUAACUCCAUUUGUUAAAAGCUCAAAUUUCUUCAGUUUACCACUUGUUUUUGUUUUUUAUCCUUGUUUUUUUUUAAUCAUUUUUAACUUUUUGAGAAUUUGUUUUGUACUAUUGAAACAAUGCUCAUCUUGUGGCCUUUUUCUAUAAUGCUAAAAGGACAACGACUUCUCCCCUAGCCUUUCUUUGCGUUUGUGCUGUCUCGACAACACAAACACACUUACAAACAUAUAAUUUUCCGGGGCGCGCUGCCAUCCUGCCCCCUGGGUGAUGCCGAGCGGCAGCAUGAGUGGGGGCCUGUCUGGACCCACUUCCCCACCCCACACCACUGUUCCAUCCAAACCUCUCCGGCCUAGUCGCUACGUGCCGGUCUCUGCGGCAACGGCCUUCUUGGUUGGAGCAACCACCCUCUUCUUCUGCUUCACGUGCCCUUGGCUUUCAGAGCAGUUUUCCAUCGCUGUGCCGAUAUACAAUGGCAUUAUGUUUCUAUUUGUUCUGGCCAACUUCUGUAUGGCCACCUUUAUGGAUCCUGGCAUCUUCCCCAGAGCUGAGGAAGAUGAGGAUAAAGAAGAUGAUUUCCGGGCUCCUCUUUACAAGACUGUGGAAAUUAGAGGCAUUCAAGUGCGGAUGAAGUGGUGCUCCACCUGCCGUUUCUAUAGACCCCCACGUUGCUCACACUGCUCUGUGUGCGACAACUGUGUGGAGGAUUUUGACCAUCACUGUCCGUGGGUCAACAACUGUAUCGGCCGGAGGAACUACCGUUAUUUUUUCCUGUUCCUGCUCUCUUUGACGGCUCACAUAAUGGGCGUGUUCGGCUUCGGCCUGCUUUACAUUCUCUACCACACCCAGCAGCUGGACAGAGUGCAUUCGGCUGUCACUAUGGCUGUCAUGUGUGUUUCUGGGCUUUUCUUCAUCCCAGUAGUGGGUCUCACUGGUUUCCAUGUCGUUCUGGUGGCAAGAGGCAGGACCACCAAUGAGCAGGUAACAGGGAAGUUCAGGGGAGGCGUGAACCCCUUCACAAAUGGCUGCUUGAGGAACGUCUCGCAUGUUCUGUGUAGCUCACAGGCACCCAGGUAUCUGGGUAGAAAGAGGAAGGCUCAGACAGUGUCUGUUCAGCCUCCUUUCCUCCGACCGCAGCUUACUGAGGCUCAACUGGCAGCCAAGGUGCUCGACAACGGAAUCCAAGGAGACCUUCACCGGUCUAAGAGCAGUUUGAUGGAGAGUCAGUCUGCUGACGCCGAGCCUCCACCUCCACCUCCACCCAAACCAGAGCUCAGAUACCCUGGGCUGUCACGAGGACCUGCCGGACACUCUGAGGAGAGUAGUCUGUUGAAUAAAGCCCCGCCCACCCCCACCAUGUUCAAAUACAGGCCCACCUACAGCGGUCCGGGCAAGAACCACACUGCCCUUACACAUGCCUAUGCCAACCAGAUGAGUCGUCGGGACAGUCUUAAAGAGUCCUCUCUCCUCCAGUCCAGUCAGCAGCCAGGCUAUCGCUCUGAGCCCAGUCUGGAUGGGCACGAGGGGGGUGGAGUUGAACAAAGCGGGCCAGAGCGAACAAGUGGGGGUCCUGGAGGACCUCCAGGCUCAGGGAUCACAGGAUACUCCCUAGGAGGGCGUUCAUAUCCCUCCUUCUCUGAUCCCACAGUUCUUGCCGGAGGGGCCUCGCGGUCCUCUAGUGUUCGCUCUUCUCACAAUGCCCCACCAUCUGAGGCUACCACCUCCACCAGCUACAAGAGCUUAGCCAAUCAGACGCCACCACCGGCUCCUCGGAACGGCAGUCUGUCAUACGAUAGUCUGCUCACACCUUCUGAAAGCCCCGAUUUUGAGUCGGCAGUGCCAGAGAUGUCACCAGGGCGACCGCGCUCCCCUGUAGUUGGAUACAGUUCGCCUUACCUGUCAGCACAGAUCGCCCAGCAACGGGAGGCAGAGCUCCACCAGCCGUGUGCCUCCAGCACUGCCCUCCUUGCCUCCCCGCAACACGCUGGCUAUCUACGUGGCUCCACCUCCUCCCCACCCGCUCCACCUGAACGAGAGCGGGAACGCCUGCUGCAUGACUCUCAACCACCCCACCACCACCACCACCAUCAUCAUCACCACCACCAUCACCAUCGGCCACCCCGCUUCUCUCGACCCCCUCUGCUCUCUGACUCGGGCCCAUCUCAGUCCUCAUAUCCAUACCGCACUCGCUCUACUGACACACCUCUGCCGCCCACCACCCACCCUCCACGCUCGCCACACCCCCCGCCGCUGGGGAAGUCUCUGUCUUACUCUAGCGCUGCUGCUGCAGAGAUGCAGUACCGCCUGGUCCGCAAAGCCUCGGCCUCGGUCGGGGGAGGGGGCAUACAGGCGCCAAAGGACGAGAUUCAGAUGAAGUCGUAUAGUAGGACAAACGGGCAGCCAAAACCUUCUUCCACCCCCUCGUCCCCUUCUAAUCCUGUCAGCGUGUCCACUCGCCCAGGUCAGGCGUAUUCCAGCGCUGGCUCUUCUCAGAGCCCCGCCCACAAGCCUGGAGGUGGGGUGAAGAAGGUGACGGGCGUUGGAGGGACCACUUACGAGAUAUCGGUGUGAGAUCUCGAGUCACUGUUCUGACCCGUGUUGUCAAGAAUGGAGCCAUGGAAUUAUUUUCUUCAUUCUGUUUGGCGGACAUUUAUUGGUGCCCACAGGAAAGAUCUGAAAACUUGUCUUCAAAAUUGAAGCAGACCUCUGCUGUUAUUUUUUAAAACGGAUGUAAUUGGUGACCAGAAGGUUUUGGUUGGAUAUAACAUGGAGGAGGAGGAGCAGCUCAAGCCGUGACAUAGUGAACUUCAGGACUCCUCACCAGUAAGGAGCUGGAACACUUAAACGGUGUGACGGCAAAGGACAGGAUUGCCUUGAAAACAUUUCAGUACAUUACAAAAACAAAAAUAGGUUUUUAUCCAACAUAAAGGUGUAAAUUGUUCUGUAUAGAGAAAAAAAAUGGUCAUUGUUUUCUUUUUUUUCACCGGGUGGAAUUUAAUUUUUUUUACAAAAGGGGACCUGUGGUAUUCAGUAGCCGUUUCAGACCACUGUGAUUGGCAUGCGACAAUGUUGCAUCUGUAUCCAAUCAGCACCAGGGAAGCAAAAUGGUAGAAAAGAUAAGGAAAUGGACUAAUGCGUUAUUUAAAUGACAGCAGCCUUUCAAGUGCAGGUAGUGUUUUCUGAGCCUUGGAAAUUCAAGGAUGUUUUUAUUUAAUUUUUAAAGUGUUAUUUUAUAUGACUUUAUAAAUGGCUAUUGAUAAGAUCAAAAACUUUUUUUUUUUUUUCCCUACAAAGGCUGAUAUUUGUUCUCUAUGGACUUUUAUCUAAUCAGACAGAGGGAUUAAGAGCUGAUGGCCGCUCUAGCCAGAGAGAUCAGCCGGUAAUCAAAGGGUUAAUCGUAGCAUUUCAAUAUGUGGGACAUAUUUAAAUUUUUAUACAGUAAACAUUGAUUGGCUGCCUCUUAGAUAUGAUUUUUUUAAUUUAAUUUUUUUCCUGAUUUUUUUUUAUUAAUAUGGCAGAGCCAAAUCUCACCGGUGGCCUUGACCAGCCAGCCAUGUAGGAUUUAAAGCUUCCUGCUCACAAUGCCACAGAAUGGUGGGUAAACAUAUCAGUGGAAGUUAGCUGUCUUUAUGAAUCAGUGAAAGCCUUUUAUUUUGAAUGAUUUAAUUCUUACCUAUUGCAUUCGAGAAGAUUGUGACUCAUUUCAGUCAUCGUCUGUCUUGUCAGGGGUAUUGAUCAAUAUUCAGAUCAGAGCUGGCCAAUCGGGACAGAAUGUAUUUGCUGACCGAUACAAAAGCCAAUGAGUACACUUCUAGGAAUUUUUGGGAUCAAAAGAUGGACUGAGGAGGGAAAGAAAGAAAAGAACGUGUACUGUAUAGUUCAGUGUGAGUGAACAUGGUUGUGAAUGUGUAUGCGUGCGCGUGUGUUUGAGCAUUGGUAAUAAACUCUUUAUAAAUCAGUUGUGCAUUUGACUUAAAAUUUCCCUUUAUGCAUUGCUCCUGUUUUAAUAGACAAAAUCUUUAGAAAACUACACACCAAAAAAAA